AUGGAGAGGGUUAAGACACGCAAGCCACACAAAAAGUCAAGGAACGGCUGUCUUCCUUGCAAAGCCCGUCAUGUCAAGUGCGAUGAACAGCAGCCGGACUGCGCAAAUUGCGUGAAGCAAGGCACGUCAUGCGAGUAUCGACCUUCAAAGAGUCGUGAGGGAUCCACAGGGUCGCCAUUACCCGUCCCUGCAACAUACACACCCUCAUCAACAGAAGGAGGGGUAUUCGACCCGGCUUUGCCGAAUCUAUCUUUCACACCAACCCAAGACCUUACAGUGCUUAAUCUACCCCAGUUACGUUUGUUGCAUCACUACACGACUGUCACCGCCCUGACCCUUGGCGCGGACUCGGAAGCUCAUGAAGUCUACGCCACAGCCGUUCCACAGACUGCUUUCGAGUAUCCUUUUCUUCUCCACGUGCUGCUCGCUCUAGCUGCACUUCACCUCGGCCGGAUCUCUGGACCUGGCCUGGAUAACCUUGAGUACGCUCUCUUAGGAGGCAGACACUAUGAUGCUGCUCUCGUAAACUUCCAGACCACCGUCCGCGACAUUGACGAGAGCAACUUCAAAGGUGUCCUCAUUUUCGCAGCGAUUCUGUUCCCUUACUCCUGUGCAAGCUCAGUGGACCCUAGUCAUAACGUGGAUCACGCCUUUAAUUCGCUCCUUACCAACUUUACCGUGACCAGGAAGGUUCGACCAAUGGUUUCUAGCUUUUACAACAUUAUGAAAGCUUCCAUCUUGGGAAAGUUAAUACCCAAGGACGUGCAAGGCGUCGACUGGCUCACACAAGAGCCACCAGAGAACACCGAGCUUGUGCAGCUAUGUAAAUUUGCUGAGGUGGUGCACCAGCUCUACCCCCCGGACAUUGUAGACGCCUAUGGCUACGCGAUUCAUAUCCUGGUCUUGACUUUUGCGGCGGCAGAGAAGUCACAUGAACCACCUUCUGACGCACUCCUCAAGAUCUGGAUCCACUUUGUCAGCGAUCGAUAUGUCGAAUUGCUUGCGGAACGGCAACCAGGUUCACUGAUUAUCUAUGCGCACUAUGCAGUGUUGCUGCAGAAGAGUAGUGUCCGCUACUGGUACUUGGCAGGUGUCGCGGAGCAGAUACUUCGGGUCGCAGAAGCGCUGGUACCGAGUGAGUGGAGUGGCUGGUUGGAGUGGCCUAAGGAGCAGCUACGAGACCCUCACAACAUCCACACUCCGGGAUGA